UUAACCCCCCCUGGCGGUAUUCCUGAGUGUAGCUCGGGGUAAAGUUUCAGCACCAACAGCGCUACACUCGGGAAUACACUGCAGCGUUGCUCCGGGAUCUCUUCUGCACUUACCUUGUCCUGCGCUCCCGCGAUGUCCCCCCUGCAGUGUCCCCUGUAAUGUCCUCCGGCUGAUGCCGCAUCUGUCUUCCGGGUUCCAUUCCCUGCGACGUCGGGACGUACGGGGGACAGAACUGGCGGGAAAUCUGAAAGUUGUAAAAGUGACAUUCACUAAAUCCACUAAAAUCACAUCGUAUAACAUUCCUGUAUCAAACCAUUUCACAUAC